AAGAAAGAAAAAAAAGAAGAAGAUUAUUAAUUGAGGUGUAAAAUUAAUGUUUAGGUAGAGGGAGCUUCCCAACCAGAAUUAGAGGAGAUAAAGUUGCCGCGUCCUUCUCCCAAAAUCGAACGCUCUUUCUUUAUUUCAUAUAUUCAUCUUCUUCUCCUCGUCAAUCGAAUCCUUUGGGAGGAAUCAAUCACUCUUUUCUCCGGUUGUUACGAUUGUCUUGUAUGGAUUCCCUUUUGAGUUUCUGAUCGAUCACCAAUGGAAAGUUUGUUGUCAUUUUGUUGAAACAUAUUUUGAGCAAUGGAUCUGACCAUUUUUCUCCAGAAAAUAAAACAAACCACCCCCAAAAAACUAUUGCUGAAAAAUGCAGUGGAAUGGGGUGAGGAGAGCCCAUUCUUUAUGGUGCUGCAAGACACUAACAAACAACACUCAUUUGCAUCAUGCUUAUGUUCCAGUCACCACCAUGUCGAGUUUGGAGGAGCCACUUGCUUUUGACAAGCUGCCAAGUAUGAACACCAUCGACAGGAUCCAGAGGUUUUCAUCCGGUGGUGCCUGUCGCCCCAGGGAUGAUGAUGUCGGCAUGGGUCACCGUUGGAUCCAGGGAAGAGAUUGCACCACCUCUAACUGUUGCAAUGAUGAUGAUGAUAAGAGCUUUGGUAAAGAGUCAUUCCCGUGGAAAAGGCAUACUCGGAAAGUAUCUGAAGGAGAGAUUCUGCUUCGGAGUAUUUCUUUCUCAGGAAGAAACUCCUCCUCCACAGUUUCUGGGACUGUAUCCAAAAGUUUUCAGGAGCAUAAGUUUCACACCUUUAGCAAUGACAAUGGCAUCUCACAUUCAAGUAACAAACUGGUUAGAGGGGUACCGAAGUUUGUGAAGGUUGUUGAAGUUGGUCCAAGGGAUGGUCUGCAGAACGAGAAAAUUAUAGUACCCACGUCUGUAAAGGUGGAACUUAUUCAGAGAUUAGUUUCUGCUGGAUUGCCCGUUGUCGAGGCUACAAGCUUUGUAUCACCUAAAUGGGUUCCCCAGCUUGCAGAUGCAAAGGAUGUAAUGGAUGGGGUAAAUGCUCUAGAUGGGGCUCGAUUGCCGGUUCUGACUCCGAAUCUAAAAGGCUUUGAAGCGGCUGUAUCUGCAGGUGCCAAGGAAGUUGCAAUCUUUGCAUCGGCUUCUGAGUCAUUCUCCUUGUCAAAUAUCAACUGUACCAUUGAAGAGAGUCUCUUGAGAUAUCGUGCUGUUGUCACCGCUGCAAAGGAGCAUUCCAUUCCUGUCCGUGGGUAUGUAUCUUGCGUUGUCGGGUGUCCAGUAGAGGGGGCGGUUCCACCCUCAAAAGUGGCGCAUGUUGUAAAAGAGCUCUAUGACAUGGGCUGCUUUGAGAUUUCUCUUGGUGAUACAAUAGGAAUCGGCACUCCCGGUACUGUGGUUCCGAUGCUUGAAGCUGUGAUGGCAGUUGUGCCAGCAGAAAAGCUGGCUGUUCAUUUCCACGAUACCUACGGGCAAGCUCUUGCAAACAUUUUGGUGUCUCUCCAAAUGGGAAUAAACAUAGUAGACUCAUCAGUCGCUGGAUUAGGCGGCUGCCCAUAUGCAAAAGGAGCUUCAGGAAACGUAGCUACAGAAGAUGUGGUUUACAUGUUGAACGGUUUAGGCGUCCAAACCAAUGUGGAUUUGGGAAAGCUUAUAGCUGCUGGAGAUUUCAUCAGCAAGCAUCUUGGCCGUCCAAACGGUUCCAAGGCUGCCGUUGCCCUCAACCGUCGGGUCACAGCUGAUGCCUCCAAGAUUUGAGUGUUUAUAAAAGAGGCUGUUCACAUAUGUAAACUUCAUAUGAAUAAAAGACUAAGAGGAGAAAGUAAAUACAACUUCUAUAUAUUCAAGAUGAUAUAUUAAUGGCUCGUUGGUAUAAAUGAUGCAGUGGAAUUUAUUUAA